ACAGGCACCGCAUGCGCGUGUGGUUGACCGUAUUGGGCUCUCAGCAGUGUGUGAAGACACACACACAGCACGCCAAAGAAGCAGCAUUACUGAAUCUGACGCUCGCUUUGUAGCAGGACCGGCAAGCAGAUUGCAUCGAAAACCAUCCUACUUUCUCUCUCUCUAGCUCUUUUUCUGCCUCUCUCACCCUUUUCUCAGUACUUGUGUGUAGAGCUGGAAAAGGGGAAAUACCCUCACUCUCGCUCUUUUUUUCUCUCUCUCUCUCUCUCUCUCUCUCUGUCCUAUGGUGGGAUAAAGCAUGAAAAGAUGAGCCUGUGAUACAGCACCAAACCUGAGUGACCUGACAGCUCCAACUAUUCGUGUUCAGACAAGAAGGAAUGCUGCCAGUUGAAGCCUAGUGUCUGAUAGCAGUGGAGAGCAUCCAGUCUUCUUCCCAGAAGAAUACAAGACUUCUCUGAUCUGGUUCAUCGGACAGAGUGACUCGCCACGCGCCGACUGCCCCCUUCUCCCCACUGAAUUAAACACCACCUCUGCUCGGCCACAGCUGUACAUGGAGACUCCCAGCUGGGCAGAAAUUAAACCAGGAAACGGGCUGUGUAAAACAGGAAGCAUUGCUCUCUUUGGGAACGUAGUGUACAGUGGGCUGCUGAACGACCACUUCUGGCAUUUCGGGGUGCCCCUCGUCACAAGACUGGGUAACCAGGAGGCCCCAGCCCCCCCAGAAGCAAUGGCUCAGCCGUACGCCCCUGCGCAGUAUCCUCCACCUCAGAACGGGUUGCCCGGCGAAUACACCCACCCCGGGCAGGACUACACAGGGCCCAGCCCGGUCACAGAGCACGGGGCAGCCCUCGCCAUCUACACACCAGCACAGACGCACAGCGAACCGCCUGGUACCGACAGCAGCACGCCUUCUCUCACAGGAACUAGCAGCUUACAACAAGCGGAUGACGUGGCGCAGACAGACAUCUCCCAGCAACUUCAGCUCCAGCCCUCAGACUCUUCGGAGAAGCAGCAGCCCAAGCGGUUACACGUCUCCAACAUUCCCUUCCGCUUCCGUGACCCAGACCUCCGGCAAAUGUUCGGGCAAUUUGGGAAAAUUUUGGACGUAGAAAUUAUUUUUAACGAGCGGGGCUCCAAGGGUUUUGGUUUUGUAACUUUUGAAACAAGCGCAGACGCAGACCGUGCACGGGAGAAACUAAACGGUACAAUCGUAGAGGGACGCAAAAUCGAGGUAAAUAAUGCAACGGCACGGGUAAUGACGAACAAAAAAGUGGCCAACCCAUAUACAAACGGCUGGAAGCUGAAUCCAGUGGUGGGAGCCGUCUAUGGUCCUGAAUUUUAUGCAGUGACAGGUUUUCCCUAUGCCACCGCAGGAGCGACUGUGGCUUACAGGGGCGCUCACUUGAGAGGCAGAGGACGCGCCGUCUACAACACGUUCCGCGCUGCGCCCCCGCCACCUCCAAUUCCCACUUACGGAGCUGUGGUUUACCAAGAUGGCUUCUACGGUGCUGAAAUCUAUGGUGGCUAUGCAGCAUACAGAUACGCCCAACCAGCCGCGGCCGCCGCAGCAGCCUACAGUGACAGCUAUGGCAGAGUCUAUGCAACAGCAGACCCUUAUCACCACACGAUUGGACCUGCAGCCACGUACAGCGUCGGCACUAUGUAAAUAAAAAGAAAGGCGACACUGGAGAAGAGAUGGACAUCAGAUAAAAAGGAGCAAAAAGGAUAAAGAAAAGUGAAUAAUGCAUACAAAAUAUACAAAAAGAAGUUCAGAGGAGAUCCUUACACCGGGGCUGUCAGGAGAAGGCAUUAUAUCUCUGCGGGGACACGAGACUGACACAGCCAAGCUGUGGAUGGGUAGAGGGGUUAGCUUUCACCUGGGACAGCCUUUCUGGUGUGGAGGAUGAGACGUCAUCAUAAAACUUUUUAUUUUUCUAAACUUUUUUAAGUUUAUGGUUUCAAAAAGAUGAAAAAGAUGAGUGUAUAUAUCUAUAUAGCGAUAUAUAUGUAUGUAUAAAUAUGUUAUAAAAGAGAAGCGAAGUAAAAAAACACACAUUAGCUGAUGAAUUUGUGCUUUGGGAGGGGGGUGGGGGGUGUACCUGUCGUUCCUUGGCACCCCCCACCCCCCUCCCGCCAAUCAAAGCGGCCACACACGAUUCCAUGCGGCCCCUCCGAAGCCCUUGAAUAUGGCACAGCUGGGAUUCAACUUGAGAAACGGCGUUUGUAUGUGGGGGCGGCGGUAUUACCUUUUUCGAACUUUGUUUAGAUGUUAAACGAAGGCGAAAGAGCUUGCAUGGUAAGAUCUACGUGGAGUAUAACUACGAGUUAUUCAGGUGUAACGAGACGAGAAAAGACAUUGUAAAUAUAUAUCGACGAUAUCAGACGGUCCGUCUCGUCGUAGAUGUAGAGAUGCGCACGCCCUGUCGUCCUGCUGUUGUUUGUAGCACAAUAUGAUACGGCCGGCCGAGGUGAAGCGCAGGUUUUACUAGGUUGCGUGUGUGAGUGUGUUCUUGUGUACGAUGAUGUGAGUCGUAGGGUGGGGUUGGGGGGGACGUUAUGGGCUGAAGGGGGCUUUAUAGAGUCGUGUAGGGCGCAACAGCCCCAGGGCUACCAAAAAGCAUUUCAUUGUAGUGUUGUGGAGGUGGCCGUGCUGUGUAGUAAACACUUUUGUAUGUGGUGUCAGGAGGCUACAAAUUAAGAAAAUUGGAGCUGUCUGCUCGGUAUUGUCACAGGAGUUUCACAAUCCAUCUUUAAAAUGGGUUCCUGCCCGAUGCAAGGUGGAAAACAGCGCCGGUUUAGUCACAGGACUGCGUGCGAAAGUUUUAUUAAAGACGUAUUAACUUUAUACUUCUACCGAGCUCAUUUCAGUGGCAUCAUUAUAUAUUUAAACGUUGUACUAAUUACAUGCUGCUCAGCGUGGUCAAACGUCGAUUGUAGCCAUUUACUAAUGUUGUAUUAUUGUAUUACCAGUAUGAAAAACAUUUAUAUAUGGAUAUAUCUAUUUGUGACUUUGCGACCCUUGAAGAGGAUUGUAUCUUUUUUGUUUUCAAUGGUAGUCCAGGUUUGUUUCUUUUUCGACGGCGAUUUAUGCAAGAACCGAGAGAUUUCAACUUGUGUGGCGUUGUUUUCGUUCGUCUGUAUCUUUGGUUCAGCUAUUGAAUGUAAUUCUACUUUUUAUGUACAUGUCUUUGUUUUUUAAGCGGUACUUUGUAAAUGUGUGGAUAUGGUUUGUUGUGAAGCCGGACCCGAUUCGUGAUGGAGAUCGGCGGUCCGGUCGACACCUCUCUUUUAUAACAGGAGCACUCCAGCACGCCGGACUUUAUCCUAACCCUGCAGGACAAUGACCGAAAGAGACAUACGUGGAUUGGAAUGGUUUACGGAUGCUGGUUUAUAUGGAAAACAUUUUUUUUUCAGGUUUUCGUUUCCUUGAUGCAAAUGGUAAACAACUGACCCACAUCUUGGUAAGAGUCACACAUUUGGUUUCCUGGGAAAGAAUGCACUGUAAAAAAAAAAAAAUGUCUUGUAACCUAAAAUGUUGUGAUAACAUCUCAAUUGAACAGGUUUUAUUCUGAUUAGGUUACAGCAAUGAAAGUCAUUUUUUUUAAGGGUCAGAUCAGGUAGAAAUAUCUCGAAACGAACAACUGCACGUUUUCACUUUUUACAGUGUGUAUUUUGGCUCUGUGAGACGCAACGGUACAUUCAGUGAACCUAUAAAUAACUCGCCCCCACAGACGGCAUUCCCAAGCUUUGCAAAAUCAUGCGCUUCCUCGGACUCAGGUGUUACACAACAGGACUGAUGUGUUCCCUUCCAUAAAGAUCGACCUCCUCCUUGCUGCAUUUUUCCUCUCAGAACAAAACUUUAUUUUCUACAAAGCUGGCGACUCCGAACUCAGCGACUAUACUACGUUACCUAAAUGAUCAUCGAAGACGACCGCAUUCUGGAGAGCGGAGGCGUCCGUACGCCAGUCAGAUUGGAAGGUUAGCGGUGCUUUGGCCAAGGCGUGUUGUUUCAGGGACUCGAAGCAAAAAGAAACCGGAUUGGCGGAUUCUGCUCUAGAAGAGACUGUGACUGAUCAACCUAACAAAAAGAUGUCAAUUCAACAGAGAUCCGAGACCUCUGGGGUUAUUUAUUUGCUUUAGUCCGUACGAGACAUUACUUGUUUACAUGGUUUUUGACCCUGCUGUGAGGUAUACUGUAUGUUAGCUUUUGCACUGUAUUUUUUGGCUUGUCGUCUUCCCUCAACUUUCUGUUUCCUAUCGAGUGACCCAUUAACCUGAGCACCAAAGUCAUUUACUGUCUUCCUCAACCCAAAGCAGAGAACCAAUGCAAACUGUAGUCUGCUUCUAGUCCCAGUACUAACUUGAGACUCGAGUGCAUGUAUCUGCCACAUAAAAACGUCCUUCGAAUUUGUUCUGGUCGUCUGCUCCUUAGGGCAGGUUCAAGACCAGCUAUGCAGCUCACUUCUAUCGGCACACAGUUAUUACAGUUUCACACAGUCGAGCCAACGGAAACGACAAACUUAUCCUGGCAAAUGCGUAUUUCAGCCCAGUUCAACACAAAAACAAGGAAAAACGAAUCCUGAUUUUCCUCAUCGUCAUUGCCAGAUCCCCGAAGCACAAGAGUUUGAAUGGAAGUUGAGUUAGUUAUAGUAACCUAACGUAUGUGUGUGCGCGUGCUUCCAGUCCCAUUGUUUUCUACUGAAAAAUAUACAAAAGCUACUUCCUGUGUCAUCUCAGUAUAAGAUGUAUUAUAUUUAAAAACAACAAAAAAAACAAAAAAGGUUCUCUUCAUGUGCAACACAAGCUGUACACAACAACAAAUCUAUUUGAAUCACUUGCUUUUAUUUAUCACUUGUUUGUUUUUGUUUCGUUUCGUUCUUUCCGAUUUUCAAGUCGUUGGAAAACAUACACGUAAAUGGGGGGAAAGGUAAAGAAAAAAGAAAUUAAUAUAAAGUAUUCUAUUUAAAAUGAAAUGACUAAACUUCUGCUGUCCUGGAUCUAUACUCUCUAAAUUUCAGUUUUCUUUCUGUAUGCAUCCAAUGUGCUUCAGACAACCAGUACUGUUUAUUAAUGAACCAUUAUAUUAUGAUUAUUAUGAUUAUUAUUAUUAUUAUUAUUAUUAUUACUAUCAUGAUUAAUAUGGUUAUAAAUAAAUAUUUCUUUCUUCAAUAACAAAGACUCUUUUUCUAUGAGGUUGCCAUAUUUAUAUGUACUUUGCACACUGUGUUUACACUGUAAUAAUUCAAAUGCUUUAAUAGUUAACCAACACAUGAAUGUCUUCAAUUGUUACUGUUGUUAUGUAUAAGGCUAUGUCACAGACCUUGUACAUGUUGGCAUCUUUUACCAGCUUCUCCUAAAUGUGACCCUGUCUGUGAAAUCUAGACCAACGUUUCAUCUUAUUCUGAGCAUUAAAGUUUGAUUUCAAUUAUCGA